AUGUCUUCUUACGUGGAGUUACAGAUCGGCAAAUUGAAUCUGUGGCCCAUUUUACUGCAGACCCCCCUGACGCUGGGCGCCUGCGUCCUGCCCGCGCCGGCGCUGGGUUCCCCGGGCGCCGGGGUGCCGCCGCAUGCGCAGGCGCCGCCCGCGCACCCCGGUCACCCUUCACACCCCGCGCACCCCGCGCCGCCGUGCUCCACGCUCUUCGUCGCGAACUUAGGCCAGUUCGUGUCCGAGCAUGAGCUGAAGGAGAUUUUCAGCAGCUGCCCCGGGUUCGCGCGCCUGCGUUUGCUGAGCGCCGGGAGCGGGGGGUCAUCAGGCCCGGUGGCCUUCGUCGACUUCGCUAGCCCGACCGACGCCGCCGCUGCCAUGGCCCGGCUCCAGGGCGCCCUGCUCCUCAGCUCAGAGGGGGCCAUCCACCUCGAAUACGCCAGGCAUAAGAUGGCACACAACGGCUGGAUUCUCGCACAUGAAGGAGCCAAAGGCGGAGAAGAGAGCGAACAGCAUUAGUUCGUUCGUGGCUCUCGGCACUUGACAACCAGCUAACUGAGGGACGCGCAAUCUUGAUCCUCUGAGUCGCAUCGGAACCACUACAGGAGAUGGAGCAAACAUCAACGGCUGCUGCCACGUCUGCCCCUACUACGGCUGAUAACGGAUCAAGAUUACCGGGUCCACGCAUAAGGACCCUUUUUGUACAGUAAAGUAUAUAAGCUCUAUCUCCUCUUCAGUUAUGAUUCCCGUUUUGAUAACGUCAGAGGUGUGGUGUGUUUUCGUUUAUACCAAAUGUAGCAAGUGUUAAAUGUAUUAUUAUUAACAUUCCAGGUUUAUUGUUUACCGUUCAUAUUUAAAGUAAUAUAAUUGAAAUUAUUAUUAUUUUUUCCUAUAAAUGUAAUCUGUUUAUUUAAUAUUAUUCAUUUUAUUGUGUAAUAUAAGAUUUAUUUACAACUAACUUAUUGUAUGGGAAAGUUUGUAUAUUUGUUUUUACAAGGCCGAUGUAUACAACUGAGAGGAUUUGUUAUAAUUAUGGUGAAUAGCGUUAAACCAGAAAUUAAACAUUUUAGGAUAUAUCUCAUUCGAAUAAGCUAAAAACCAAAGGUGCCCUUCAUAGAAAGAUUACGUUUUGUUAAUAAUAAUAUUUCAAGUUGAAUGAUUUUAAAUAAAGUUGUAUGUAAUAAUUACGAUACUUUUGUUUUAGCCUCGAUAAUGUUAGCGUAUUUAAAUGAAUUUCAUGACUAUUUCAAAUUAUAUUUACCUAAUACUUUCUUAGUAAUUUUUAUAAUGUUCAAUCACUCGUUAAAGCGCUGGCACUCUAGUGUUGGUCUUUGAUCCAUUCUCACUGUAGAUGGAGGUGCGCAAUGAGGUGCGGCCGUAGAGACCCCAAGAGCGGGGGCCUCAGAGGCCUGGACUGUCCUCGCACGCAUGCUAGCUCGCGCAGGCUGCACUGAGUGCCGCAGCACGGCACUCGCCGACGUAGGACCCGCGGCACUCCGCGUGAGCCCCGUCGAUCCUACCAUGCUCUUUCUUUAGCCAAUUACCUGUUUAGACAUCAAAAUUUCUUGUGCCUUGAAUUACGAUUCAAUCUAAACCCUCGUGAUCAUAUUCUUAAUUAGUUGGAGCUCUUCAUCGGAAGUUUCGUUGACUCUGCGGGUUCUUGUUGUCCUUACGAUUAGUAUGCGAUGCGACACAAUCGAGAUAAGUUCAGUCUUGUUGCGAGAAUUUAGCCUUGGCCUUAUGAGAGUUAAAUAAUAAAUGUAAUCAUUAUAUUAAUUAAUAAUAAUUAAAUACGGCGUCGUGCGCGCCAACGCUGAAUAGUGAAACAAUUAUUCUACUAUCUGCAUGCUUUGACGAGCUUUUUGGUAAUAAUCUAAUUUAAAAUUUAGUAGUUACUUUUAUUGUGUAAUCGUUAGGUCAAUAAAACUAGAUAAGGGUAUUUAUUGUAGACAAUCAGCAUAGUUACAUUACUAUUUAAUGAAAGUUAUUCAUACAUAAUAAUGAAACAAUGUAAUGGAGUUUAAAUCUACUGAAGUUUUAGGAUUAAUCAAAGGAAAAGAUUAAUAUAUUUUUUAUUUUUAGCUAGUUGACUAUCGCAUACAGAUCUACUCUUAGUUACCUAUAUGUUUUGAUGAAACACGGUGACGAUGGAAGUACACAUCAGUGCGAGAUAGCAAUAAACCAAAAAUGGAAUCUUAAUGUUAUUAUAGGUAUCUAGUGACGUAAUCUGCUGAUGUAAACAUGUAAAAAUUAUACAAAAAAGUAAAAAAAAAUCCCUGCUUAGGCUAUAAUGAUAAGGUUUCGGAUAUUUGGAUUAAAACCUGACGCGACAGAUAUCUAUGAGGUAUUCACGCGACCGCCGGUCGCCGCCGGAGAAUCCGCAUGUGAAUUCUUAUGAAAAUCUCUUAGUCAAUAUUUAAUAGAAAUUUCGUCAAUUUUUGACUUAGCAAAAUUUUAUACGUUGUUUAUAGUGACUAUGAAUUUCACAGUUUACCGAGUGUCGUGGCGUAUAGACCAAAGAUAAUGGAUAUACAUAAUUUUUAAUACUAACCUCAGACCGUACCAAACUUGUAUUUUGUAGGCAAACUUGUAUUGGCAAUAACGUUUUUCUAAGAUGACCAUUGUUUUAACGUUGUUUGUUUGAUGGGAAGCUCUCGGAACUGCGUUGAUCAGGGUGAGGCCUUCGUUACGGGUGACGCCUGGCUGGGCAACGAGACUAUUUUAAUUGUUACCUAUCUAUGCUAUUUAUUAGAACCAAAACUAAUUAAAUAUUCUACCUGUGUAAAUCUAGACAAUUGAUAAGUUCAUAGCCCAUUGUUAAAUUAACAGACAUUAGCCAAUAUCCUGUUCAGGAAUCAUUAAAUAAUCACAUUUUCUUUUCAUGAUCUGAUUAACUGAAUGCAAUGAAAAUUUUUGUAUUACCUGAAAAUCUCGGAUUAUCUUAUAUAUUCGUAAUUCACUGUCGGUUUUAAUAAUUAAGCUAAGUCAAUGUUUACUUAUUUAAUUCGAUGUAAUGCUAAUUCGUAUGUAAGUAAUUGUGUAAUGUGUAGUGAUCUCCCAUACCUUCGGCGUCGGGCUUCCGCGGCGGCACACUAAAAUACAACGAAAAGUUUAUUUUUUCUUUUCAGUUGUGGCCAUUCGGAUCGUUCGACAGCUCUACAGUGGAGGUCUCUCUAUAGCAACUUCUAAAAAUAAGUGUUAACAACAUAAAGUGUAGAGCUGUGGAAUGGUUUGAGUAAUUUUGAUUUGCGCGCAAUUUUAUCGCCCGCCAUUUUGCGUGUCACGAUAGAACAAAAUGGCGCGUGCACGCGACGGCGGGCAAUUUGCACGAAACGCCAGGGCGCCCGACGCCGCCAUGAUUCCGUCCAACAACCGUAGAUAGCGAGUAAGAGACGUCCAGUGGCUGCGGACACGGCUACGUCACCUUUUGCGGGACUACUCGAUACAUAUCAUCGUGUAAUAUUAAUGUGUAAUUAGGAGUAAAAAGCGGUUUCAUAGAGACGUUUAUUCUGUAUCUCGUCUACUACUUGUAAUGCAAUCGGCUACAUGUCACGCUAACCCAAAUUCACUUAAGUUCUCGGUUUGUUCGCUUGCAUUUGUGUCCUGUAUCUCGAUUCGAUUUUCGCUUAGCGUCGUGAUCUUUAGUUCUACAAAUCGAAGCAGAAGACAGAUACAAGUUAUGUAAUCUAACUAAAGCGAUAUUUUCUUAACGUUUACUGUGAAACCGAGUGGAUGGUGUUCGGAUGGCCGUCGGUAAGACGCGUGACAUGGCCCGCAUGUGAUAGGGUAGAGUAGGGGUGUAGCGUCGCCUUGCAAGUUAGGUUAAGUCAACGGUAUCACACAAACGCCGUGCAUCGGAAACAUAUCAAUUCUGUGCCCCUUAAUAAAUUUAGUUAAAUACUAAGAGAUACAUAUGAAUAGAAUAAAGAGACAAAAUAAUCGUUCGGAGUAUCAAAUACCUAAUAAGUGUUGUUUUCGUACGUUGAUGAAGUACUAUAAUAACGUCGGUUAGAUUGUGUUAACGUGGAUCAUUACGCAUAGUACCCGAGUAGUGUCGCGCAAGUUUCGGUUAACUUUAAACUUAUCGCUGUAGGUUUCAAAUGUUAUUUUUAUUGUUAUUGUUUAGGUUAAUGAUGGCUUAAUAACCAAAUUGAUUUAACAGUUCGCUUGCGAUCCAGUAUUAAUGACAUUGUUUUAAUUUUCGGUGACCAGAGUUAGAGCGUUGCUGAAAAACUUAUUUGUAUAUCGAGCAAAGUAACAUACAAACUAUAUAGUUAGUAAUUAAUUGUUAGAUUUGUGUGACUUGGAUUAUUUAAUGCUUUUAGAGCAGAGGUAAAGUGUUAUUGUGGUUUAAGAAAAACAUAAUGACAUUGUAAAAAUAGUGAUAAAUUAGCUUAAUUAUAUUAUCAUUAUUACAACUUUUAUAGAUGUUCAUUAAUUUCUUUUCUUACUUUAUGGAGUAUUGUGGCAUUGGAGACGUCAUUGUUAAUUCAAAUAAAUUGAGCUCAUCCUCAAUCGAAGUUUUUAUUCAACUGAACACCCUAUUUACAUGUUUUGUCUCCAAUCACUUAUUGGAUGAAAUAAAUUUAUGGAAUUUAAGUCGCCCUUUGCGUCUCUACCAGUGUUCCAUCUGAAAUCUUAAAGAUUUGUUGAUUGGUAUUUUUAUAUAAUUCUACAAUCUAUCCCUAUCGAUGAUUUAUUAUUCUUUCGAAUAGUUCGAAUUGUGUUAAAAAGUCGUAACUGUCAAUAUUCUUGUAAUAAUCAAAAUUUAGUAAGUACGAAAACUAUAGGUGUCUAGAUUAGGAUAACUGAAAUUAGAUAUAAUUAACAGUUGAGCUUUGGAACUUUGCUUUGUAGAAUUAUCUGCUUUUUGCGUAUUGUUUUAAAACGAAUUUGUAUGACUACUUUGCGUGUGCGCACCUGACUGUGGCCUGUCCAGUCAUACGAAUUGGUUUUAUGAAGAAGACGCUGUAAAUCUAUCGGUGAAAUGCUAUGAAGUCUCCUAAUUUCAAUAAUUAACGUAUGGCAGUGUUGUAUUUAUGUUAUUAUUAGUUUUAAAGCAUUAUAGGGUCCAAAGAUUGGGAAUAAAUAUGUGACAAAUUAAUAA